AUGGCAUGGCGCGAUGUGAUCGCGAUGAGUGGUACUGCAAAUGAUUAUUCACGUUUAAAAUGGCCAUUAACAUUUGCUAGUGUAUUAACAACAUUUUUAGCUAUUAUACUUUUAUUAAGUUUUCGUUCUGAUUCAUGGUUUACAUAUGAAUUAAUUCAAAUUAAUAAUAAAUCAACAGUAUUCAAUACAACAAGAUAUUCCCGAUUACUUGAAUAUGGUUCUAUUGGUUUAUGGGCAAUAUGUAAUGGUCAUUAUAAUGAUCCUGAUUUUCAAUGUGAUGUAUGGACAGAAGAAACUCGACCCUAUUCCUUUAAUAUUAUUAUUAUGUUAGUUUCAUGUGCAUUAUAUCUUUCAAAUUUAACAGUUUUUCCAUCAUGGGGUUCAUCAAUACUUAUACAUUAUAAUUCAAAUAAUCGUUAUAUGCGGCUUAUUUAUGCUUUUAUUGGGAUUCUAUUAUUUCUAACCUUUUUAUUGACAGUUAUACUUAUAACUACAAUAUUAUUUACAACAUCAACACCAUUUUAUACUCCAGGACAAUUUAUUAUUGAUACAAAACAUCUUUUUUUUCAAUCUGGUCUUGGCUUGAUUUAUACUGGUUUUGCAAGUUGUUUGGCUAUAAUUUGUUUGAUAUUAGUAAUUCUAACACUAAUAUGGAAAAAAAUGAUUCAAAUACAAUUAAAACAAAGUGAAAAAGAUCUUUUACAACAAUUGUCAAAUGAUGCUUAUCAACCAGGUUGGCAUAAAACAGUUAUUGCACCCCGUACACCUAUAACAAAUGAUCAAUUGGGUCAACCACCACCAUAUGAAUAUUAA